CCUCUACGCCGGGGUCCUUCUGGAGGCUGGCGGUGGAGGUGACGUCACGGAGCGGCGAGGGCCCGCGGGGGCGGGGUGUGGAGUGGCACGUCGGUGCGGCGGCACCUGCGGAGGUACCGCCACCGGGACCGGGACCGGAAUCGGAAUCUGCAUCUGCUCUCGCUCCGCCCUACCCCGCCCUGGCCGGGCCGGGGUGCCGCGCUCCCCCGCCACAGCAGCCCCAGGAACGUGAAUUGUCUGGAAGGGGUUCAGAUUGUGUGAAGAAAAGAUGUUUCCUUUAAAAGACACUGAGAUGGGUGCCUCCACCUUCUUCGCCUCAGCUCUGCCACAUGAUGUUUGUGGAAGUAACGGCCUUCCUCUGACACCCAACUCCAUCAAAAUUUUGGGGAGAUUUCAAAUCCUUAAAACAAUCACCCAUCCCAGGCUUUGCCAGUAUGUUGACAUUACCAGGGGAAAACAUGAGAGGCUGGUUGUGGCUGCUGAACACUGUGAAAAGAGUCUAGAAGAUUUGCUACGAGAAGGAAAGCCAGUCAGUUCUUCAAGGAUUUUAUGCAUAGCAUAUGAAGUUUUGCAGGGCUUGCAAUAUAUGAACAAACAUGGAAUGGUCCACCGAGCACUCGCCCCGUGUAAUAUUCUUUUGGAUCGAAAGGGUCAUGUCAAGUUGGCUAAAUUUGGACUCUACCAUAUGACAGCUCAAGGUGUUGAUGUUGAUUUUCCUAUAGGGUAUCCAUCGUAUCUGGCACCUGAAGUAAUUGCACAGGGAAUAGUCAAACCAAGUGAUCAUGCUCAGUGUGAGAAGCCUCUGCCUUCUGGCCCUAAAUCAGAUCUCUGGUCUCUUGGUAUAAUAUUAUUUGAGCUUUGCAUGGGGAGAAAAUUAUUCCAGAGCCUGGAGAUAGCUGAAAGAUUAAAAUUUAUAAUUAUGUUAGGCUGUGUAGAUGAUAUUGUAACUGUAUUAGCCGAAGAACAUGGUUGCCUUGAUAUUAUUAAGGACCUUUCUGAAAAUAUAAUAGCUCUACUGAAGAAAUGCCUCACAUUCCAGCCUUCGAAGAGGCCAACUCCAGAGGAGCUGCUGCAUGACAGUUUGUUUAGUGAAGUAUCCUUGGCAUACCCUCCCUUUUGCAAACCUGCUGGUCUGUUCUCGUCAUCUCCGAGGUGUGCUAAUUUAACGCUUCCUGAAGACAUCACCCUAUUAUGUAAAGAUGAAGAUAGUGAUUACCUAGCAGAAAGAUCAAUUGAAGAGGUUUAUCAUCUCUGGUGUUUGGCUGGAGGAGACUUGGAGAAAGAACUUGUCAACAAGGAAAUCAUUCGAUCAAAGCCACCUGUCUGCACGCUUCCCAACUUUUUAUUAGAAGAUGGUGAGAGCUUUGGGCAAGGACGAGACAGAAGUUCCCUCCUAGAUGACACAACUGUGACUUUGUCUCUGUGCCAGCUCCGAAAUAGACUGAAAGAUGUUGGUGGGGAAGCAUUUUAUCCAUUGCUUGAAGAUGAUCAGUCAACUUUACCUCAUUCAAAUAGUAGUAAUGAGCUGUCUGCAGCUGCAAGUCUUCCUCUGAUCAUCCGGGAGAGGGACACAGAGUACCAGCUAAAUAGAAUUGUCCUGUUUGACAGGCUGUUGAAGGCUUAUCCAUACAAGAAAAACCAAAUAUGGAAAGAAGCCAGGGUUGACAUUCCUCCCCUUCUGAGAGGCAUAACCUGGGCUGCACUCUUGGGUGUUGAGGGUGCCAUACAAGCAAAGUAUGAUGCCAUUGAUAAAGAUACACCGAUUCCUACAGAUAGACAAAUUGAAGUUGAUAUUCCUCGUUGCCAUCAGUAUGAUGAAUUGCUGUCAUCACCAGAGGGUCAUGCAAAGUUUAGACGCGUACUGAAGGCUUGGGUUGUUUCCCAUCCUGAUUUGGUGUACUGGCAAGGUCUUGACUCUCUGUGUGCACCAUUCCUGUACUUAAAUUUUAACAAUGAAGCUCUGGCAUAUGCUUGCAUGUCUGCUUUUAUCCCCAAGUAUUUAUAUAACUUCUUUCUGAAGGAUAAUUCUCAUGUUAUUCAAGAAUACCUGACAGUGUUUUCUCAGAUGAUUGCAUUCCAUGAUCCAGAGCUGAGUAACCAUCUUAAUGAAAUUGGCUUUAUUCCAGAUCUUUAUGCUAUUCCUUGGUUUCUUACAAUGUUUACACAUGUCUUUCCUUUGCACAAAAUCUUUCACCUGUGGGAUACAUUACUGCUUGGAAAUUCCUCCUUCCCGUUCUGUAUUGGAGUGGCUAUACUUCAACAGCUGAGGGAUCGACUUCUGGCUAAUGGAUUCAACGAAUGCAUUCUCCUUUUUUCAGACUUACCAGAGAUUGACAUUGAGCGUUGUGUCCGUGAGUCAAUCAACCUAUUUCGCUGGACCCCAAAGAGUGCUACGUACAGGCAAUAUGCACAGCCUCCACGACAAGGCGGUGAGAGCAACGGCACAAGAAGUUCGAUGUCCUGCCUUUCAGCAGACUAUCAUGAAGCGCCUAAAAGCGACCUGUCUAGGGAUUCUAUCAAGCUGGAUGAUCUGAAGGCAGAAGUAUCACCACGAAUUUCAGCAGAAGAUUUGAUUGACUUGUGUGAGCUGACAGGUCCUAGUCAUUCCAAAACACCUGUAAAGAAAACAAAAUCUAGCAAACCAAAGCUGCUGGUGGUGGACAUUCGUAACAGUGAAGACUUUAACCGUGGCCACAUUUCUGGCAGCAUCAAUGUUCCGUUUGGUUCAGCAUUUACUGCAGAAGGCGAUCUCGUCCAGUGCCCAGCUACUGCCAUGCUCCAGAGCUUUAAAGGAAGAGUCGUGGUGAUCGUAGGAAAUGCAGUGAAGAACACAGCUGCUUUUGCAGCUCAUCUAGUGAAAAACAAAUACCCACGGGUCUGCAUCCUAGAUGGAGGAAUAAACAAGAUCAAGCCAACUGGUCUCCUCACCGUUCCUUCUCCACAAAUAUAAGUGACUGUAAAUGAUCAGCACAGUGUGUCUAAACAGGGAAGCUUUUCAGUACAGUGUGAAUAUCAUGAACCCAAAGGCAUUAUGACAUCUCCACUAUACAAGCUAUCCAGCUGAUCAGUGUCUUGCCCUGCAGAUCUAGAGCAAGGAGUUUUGUGUUUAUUCUUUGAUACAGAACUUCAGUGGAAACAGAUGAAAAAUUUGAAGCUUCAGAUCUUCUAAGAAACUUCUUUCAGCAGUGAUGAAGUGUGCAACUGGUUGAGCAAGUUUGCACACGCAAAGUCAGAGUAACUCGUCUGACAUAUCUUAGAAAUAUUUCUGCAGAACAAAAUAAGCUGACACUUGAUGGCUCUAAGCUGCACUAUAUAAAUUAUUUUUUCAAAAUGUUUUACUGUGAAUAUCGAGAGUAACAAGCUGAAACUGUAUCCUGUGUAUCAAACAACGAAAAAGUGUGUUCUCUAAUAUUUUAAAGAAUAAUUGUUGUAUCGUGUGACCUACUUUGUUUUUGAGAAAGCAUUUUUGGUCUGGAUUGGAAAUAAAGAUGUGUCCUAGAUUAGA